AUCAUGAAGCAAACUGUUGACGCAAGUCCAACAUUUAUCGAAGUACUGAAUUCAUUUCAAGAGUUCCUCGCCAAACAUUCAUUGUUUCAGAAAAAGAGUGCUGUAUUUGUAACAGAUGGACCUUUUGAUAUUCGUGACUUUAUUACUAAGCAAUGUGCUCAUAGCGACAUUGAACGGCCCUCGUAUUUCAAGCUGCCAUGGGUUAACAUCCGCAAGAUGUUUAGAGAGUUUUAUGGAUUCAAACAAGGAAUGAAUAUCACCAAAAUGUUGGAAACUUUAAGCAUGGCAUUUGAAGGCCGUCAACAUUCUGGUUUGGAUGAUGCCCGGAACUUGUGUCGGAUAGCUCAAAAGAUGCGAAUAGACGGCUGUGUGUUUAAGACAAACAUGUAUUGGGAGAAACCGAAACGCAGAAAAAGAAGAUGA